CGGGGCUGACAGCCUGGAAGCCUGCGCUGACCAUGAAGCGGCCCAGGGAGCCGAGCGGCUCGGACGGCGAGUCCGACGGACCCAUCGACGUGGGCCGCGAGGGCGAUCGGAGCCAGAUGGCCAGGCCGCUGACCGCCUCCAGCCCUUCACAGAUGCAAGCUAGGAAGAAACGCAGAGGGAUCAUAGAGAAACGACGUCGAGAUCGCAUCAACAGUAGUCUCUCUGAACUGCGGCGCCUGGUCCCCACUGCCUUUGAGAAACAGGGCUCUUCCAAACUGGAGAAAGCUGAGGUCUUGCAGAUGACGGUGGAUCACUUGAAAAUGCUCCACGCCACUGGCGGGACAGGAUUCUUCGAUGCCCGUGCCCUGGCAGUUGACUUCCGGAGCAUUGGCUUUCGGGAGUGUCUCACCGAAGUCAUCCGGUACCUGGGGGUCCUGGAAGGCCCCAGCAGCUGCGCAGACCCUGUCCGAAUUCGCCUCCUCUCCCACCUCAACAGCUACGCAGCUGAGAUGGAGCCUUCACCCACGCCAGCCGGCUCCCUGGCCUUCCCUGUGUGGCCCUGGUCCUUCUUCCAUAGCUGCCCAGGGCUGCCAGCCCUGAGCAACCAGCUCACCAUCCUUGGAAGAGUCCCUGGCCCCAUCCUCCCCAGCACCUCCUCUCCCACUUACUCCAUCCCAGCACUCCGGAUCACGCCUGUGCGCAGGGCCCCUGGCACCAUCCUGCCAGCCCGGAGGAAUUUGUUGCCCAGUCGAGGGGUAUCUUCCACCCAGAGGGCCUGCCUCCCAGAGAGGCCAACUGCCCCUCUGCCUGUGGUGCCAAGUAGCAGGGCGACCAGGAGCAGCCCCAUCUCUCCCCUCCUAACAUCACCUUCCCCCACAACUGCUUGCGUAGCCCUCCCUCCCUCCAGCCCUCCCCGAUCAGGGCCAGCAGGCAGGCCUGCAGGUGCUGUGCUCUACCAUUCCUGGGUGUCUGAAAUCACCGAAAUUGGGGCUUUCUGAGCUGGCUUCCCAUACCCACCUCCAUCCCUCAGGAGUAAGGAAGUUUCUUUUCUUAGGAGCUCUCAAACAGGUGCUGCGUUUUCUGCUUUGCUUCCACUCAGCAGAGACCCCUUCCUCUCUCACUGCUGGUCCAGCCCACCUACCCAGCUCCUCUGGAGCUCUUCUGAUCUCAGAGGCUUGGUUUGGUUUCUCACAUGCCCAAAUGCCUUCCGGUGAUCCACAGGCUCCUAAAAGCUGUGCCAGCCCCUCUCCUGCCCAGUAUGUGUGAACCUUAGAGAUAAAGAAUACCAUGAGGCCCGGCACAGUGACUCACACCUGUCAUCCUAGCUACUUGAGAAGUAGAGAUCAGGAAGAUUGUACUUUGAGGCUAGCAAGACCAAAAAAAAAGCCCCAUUUCAACAAAGCCAGGUGUGGUUGUUUGCGCCUCUAACCCCAGUUAGAUUGGAGGUAUAGAUAGAAGGAUUGUAGUCUGAGGCUGGUCCUCAGACAGAAAGCACAGGAUCCUACCUGAAAAAUAACCUGAAGCAAAGAAGGACUGGAGAGAUGUGGAUCAAGUGGUAGAGCACCUGAUUAGCAAACACAAGGCCCUGGAUCAAAUUGAGUUCCACUCCCCAAAAUACAGUGAAUUGAAUAAAGGCUACCAUGGCCCUAAAAGCAGACCACUUCCCUGGAGAGGUCAGAUGGCAGUCAGGUAUGAUAACUGGCCGCAGCUGUUGCAAGCCAAGGAGUAGAACACAGUCUGCCUCAUUUCCUGCAGACAGUAACUGAGUCAGGGGUCAGAGAAACAGGCACCCAGCCUGCCCCUGCCUACUCCUUCACAGUGACUCACAGAACAGACCCCUUGUCCAUUACAGCCCAGGCCUGAAUACUGGGGGUCAGUCUGCAGACACCACCUUCUGGCUGACUCCCCGUGGCUGGAGGAUUUUAAGUAUCAGCAGAAGCUCUGGGCUGGAGUAUCCUUACCACCAGGCCUCCAUGGGUUACCAGGCAGAGCCAGCAUUGAGCGAUGGGAAGCCCAGCUGCAGGCUUCUCUGUCCCAGUCACAGCUCUCCAGGCACCUGCCCCCCGCUACUGGGUGCAGAUGGUCCCAUAUGCUGCCACCCAGAGGCCUCAGCCCUUGGGAUACAGCACCAGACAUCUGAACUGCCUGGUUUACAUCCCACUCCAAAAGCUCAGACUGCUGCCACAGCCCUGGGCUGUGAGGCCGGACAAGAAUAACUAUGCCGCGGAGGAGGGGGGAAGAACGUUGGGAGGCGGCUGGGCUCUGCAAGGUCACGCUGUGAGCCAGUCCAGGGCCUGAGAUCCGGUUCACCCAGACUCCACACAGCUGGCUCUGCUCAGAGGCCACUGCGUUCCUCAGCUCUGCCUCAGGCCAUUUUCUCUCACACAGCACCAAGCAGCCAGGCGAGCGAUCCCUGUGGAAUGGCAGAGACUGGGCUGACAUGCAGGGUCACCAUGUCAGUGGACCAAGUGUUAGAAGUACUUCUGCCCUCACGGGUGGCCAUCCACACCCUAAAGGCCUCCAAGUGUCCCCCACCACCUGCACUCCCACCUCCUCUAACCCCCACGAUCUGGUUCGUGCCUGGCAGACCUGAGACUGUAUGAACUAGUCAUUUAUUGGUGCUCACUUCACCUUCCCUGUAGAAAAUCCCCCCACCUACACACACCCAGCCUCCCUCAAGGUUGCCAGUGAAGAGGCUCUGCAGGCACAAAAGUAGAAUUUACAAAAACACUGGGGACAAAGAGCCAGUCAGAGAAUUGGAGCAGAGGGCAGAAGUCAUUUGCGAGAUCCAGAAAGGAUCUAGAAAGUACAGGCUGUUUCCUUGAGGGAUAAAGUAGUAAGAACACCAUUUGCCCCCCCCCCUACCGCCCCCCAGAAGGAGCUAGUCCAGGCACACCGUCCUGUAGUUCCUCCUACCCUCUGAGAAACGCAAAGCUAGGAGAGGAGGCAUCCUAUUGAGCAGAUCAACGUGGGGCAACAGAGGUUCUACACUGAGAUGGGGAAGGACAGUCACGUAAACCGUGACAGACAAGGUGACAGAUGGCAAAGCGUAGCUUCACCUUUCUCAGGAAGGGGCACACCCAGAGGAGGAAGAGGAACUCCCCUAUCUCCCUGAUUCCAGUUCUCACUUCCGGCCUUCCCCCUCCUCUUCUUUCUCCUACCUGAUUUCCAGCUGCUCCCAGGACACAGGGGGUGUUGCCCAAUCCUGAUAAUCUUCUAUCCUGAGAACCCAGCCCUCACUCAUAGUGGGGCUGUGGAAACCAUGAUGCAGGUACCCAAUUCCACAACAGUCUGUACACAUCAGUAAAGUGAAGGGAUUCCUCCUUCUCCCCAACUGUCAAUAUCUCUAGUGGUCUUGGGUUCCUUUUUCAAGACACCAAGGGAAGCGCUUGUGUGUGUGUUCCCUUGGCUGGGGACUCUGUUUUCUGUUUCUAGUCUCAAGCCUUCCCUGUGUCCCUAAAUCACCCCACCCCAGUCCCACCCCUGACAGGCAAUAAAGGUGUUUUGUUCUUCUGUAAACCCCUAAUAAAUUCUACUUGUUUGUUUA